GUCAACUCAAAACACAAACCCUAAUUAAAAUCAUUCAUUGUUUUUUUUUUUUCAUUUUCCCUUUCAAAAAAGAAAAAAAUCAAUUCUGAAGGAAAAAUCAAACCUUUACAAAUCUUCUUCUCCUCCUCCUUUCACUCGGUUGAUGAAAGAUAUCUGAAGCCGCCGAGAUAAAAACGCAAUCAGCGAUGAUGGGUUUCUUCUCUGUUUCCGACGAAUUGCUUGGCACGGUUGCUCCGAUUGUUGUUUACUGGGUUUACUCUGGGAUCUACGUGGCGCUGUCGUCUCUGGAGAGGUACAGAUUGCAUUCAAAGGCGGAGGAGGAAGAGAAGAAUCUCGUCUCGAAAUCAGCGGUCGUGAGAGGUGUUCUUCUUCAACAGGUUGUUCAAGCUGCUGUCGCUAUCCUCUUGUUCACGGUCACAGGAAGUGAUGCCGAAGGAGACAAACCUCAACAAUUCUCUCUUUUAGUCCUAACCAGACAGUUUGUCAUCGCCAUGAUAAUCCUCGACACAUGGCAAUACUUCAUGCACCGUUACAUGCACCACAACAAGUUCUUAUACAAACACAUCCACUCUCAACACCACCGUCUCAUCGUCCCUUACGCCUACGGAGCUUUAUACAACCACCCAGUAGAAGGUCUUCUACUGGACACAGUAGGAGGCGCCUUGUCUUUCUUAGUCUCCGGUAUGUCACCAAGAACUUCAAUCUUCUUCUUCUCCUUUGCCACGAUCAAGACCGUGGACGACCAUUGUGGUCUCUGUCUUCCUGGAAACCUGUUCCACAUGGUGUUCAAGAACAACUCGGCUUACCAUGAUGUGCAUCAUCAGCUUUAUGGGACCAAGUAUAAUUUCUCUCAGCCUUUCUUUUCCGUGUGGGAUCGGAUUCUUGGGACUUAUAUGCCUUACUCUCUUGAGAAGAGGGAAGGUGGUGGGUUUGAAGCACGUCCCACUAAAGAGUUCAAAGAUGAUUGAGUAAUGUUUUUGGAUAAUGGAUGGAUACUUUGUGUUGUGGAGAUGUAGUUUAAAAAAAUCAGAAUUGAGUUGCAUUUUGCCUUAUUUUCUGACGAUGGGGUUGGGAUUUGUAUAUAUACGUUAUUGAUUUGUUGUUUUACUCUGUUUUGUUUUGGAUGAAUCACUUAUUUAUCUACUAGAUAUGUUUUAAAGCCUGGUGGCUCGUCUUCUACUUCAACUAUUG